CAGACUGUUUCAUAGAUCGGUUGCGAAAUGAAUUGGUGUUCAAGUGAUGUCUAAAUUGCAUGAAAUGUGGACUCAAUUGCAAUGAAUUGGUGACACAUUUGGUCACAAAUGCCUUCCAUUGACUGAUUUGAAUGACAGGUAAUCCUCGCGACUGAAGCCAACCUAAGCCAUAGCCAUGUCUUCGCGGUCGUCUCAGUACGUGGAGGUGCAGCUGGAGAUCGGCCACAGAGCCACCCCUCGCACCACCAUCAGACCCGAUGGACACACUCACGACUGGACAGUCUUCGUGAGGGGUCCGGAGAACAGUAAUAUCGAGCACUUCGUCGAGAAAGUGGUCUUUCAUUUGCACGAAAGCUUCCCAAAGCCUAAGAGAGUGCUCAAAGAGCCGCCCUAUCAGGUCCAGGAGUCGGGUUACGCCUCCUUCGAGCUGCCCAUUGAGGUGUACUUCAAGAACAAGGAGGAGCCCAAGAAGAUCUGCUUCGACUACGACCUCUACCUCCGUCUGGACGACGCCGUCAGUCACAGCCGACGCGAGAAACUCACGUUUCAGAACCCAAGCAAUGACUUCAAGAAGAAACUGCUUAAAGCCGGAGGAGUCACUAACGAAACGAACAGCACUUCAGUUAAAACUUCGGGCAAUCCUGAAGAGAAAGCGCCGACACAACAGACACAACAGACCACCUCUUCUUCCUCCUCGUCCAACGGCACUAAAUAUAGUAAAGCGUCUGUCAGUGGCAUUGAAAACAAGAAAUCCAAAACUUUAGGUGUUAUCCCAUCUAAAGAUAAAUCACUGAAUAAAUCACAAAACUCUACAACGACUUCCUCAUCGAAUCCAUCACUUGCUUCCGAUAAACCACCCAUUCCUCAGACUAACAAACAAUUUACAGACUUAUUUGGAACACCCAUUCAAACUAAACCUAUAACUGAAUCGACGGUUAAAAACAAAGAAAACCCUUCGAAGAGUAAAUUCACAGCAAUUGCUUCCAAAGGAGUGAAAAAUGAAUCGAAAUCAGUGCAUAAGAAUUCAAGCAAAAGCUCGCAUUCAUCGCCAACUCAUAAGACAAAUGAAAACAAAUCGUCGAAAACCCCGAAAGAGUUAAAGGAUUCAAAGGAUUCGAAGAGCAAAGAGAGUACAAAAAGCAAACGCGAAGAAGAGGUGACGCCAAGUAAGUCGAAAAAGAAGAGCAGCCACUCAUCGCCUAAACCUUAUGACAGCACUAGUGAUAAGAAAAUAGAUUCAAAAUCUUCCAAAAAGCGAAGGAAUAGCACGUCUUCGAACUCUUCGACACUGACUGCGAGUAAUGAAUCAAAAGUACACAAAGAAUCACAAAAAUUGAGUUCAAUUAAGGAUAAGGACAAUAAGAAUUCGAGCAAAAGGCAAAAGAAUUCGUCGAAAGAUGUGAACAGUGGCGUCAAAAAGCAGAGCUCGACCUCAACUAAGAUUAGUUUCAGUGAUAACAACAGCAGCACUACUAUUGAAAUAAAGUCGGUUAAGAAGGAGAAGACGUGGGACAGUGAGAGCAAGAAGUCGAGGACUAAGGAGACGAAGUCCGCUAAAGACAAACUCAACUCCAACACCAACUCAUCUGUGAAUUCCUCAUUGAGUGCUAACAAAGUUAAGCCCAAACCAGAGCCCAAUUAUCUGAAGUCUCCGAAAGUGAAUGGAAACAAACACUUGAAGGUUCCUAAAGACAAGUAUGGCUCACACGCCAGAGAAAGAAGUACUAGUCUGUCAUCAGAUUCUUUGACGCCACCACCUAAUGAUAGGCCAAUCAACCAAAUAGCAGCUGAUUUAGAAUCUAAUGACUCGAUGUCUCCCCUGUCGAGUGACAACAUUUCCACGUCUCUCCGGUUUCAACCGAUUCGACCAAACCAUAAGUCCGAUGCAAACAAACGCUUCAUUUCCGAUGACUCGGACAGCGAGGCCUCAACCAAACAGUCGCCCAAACGGAUCACUCAUUCCCUCAAAAAUGACGCCAAAGAUAGCCUACAAAAUAAAAAGGAUUCCUCGAAAUUGGUGUCAAAUAAACGUAAAAAAGAUUUGCAAACCAAUGAAUCAAACAAACGAUUGGAUUCAUCUCGAAGUGAUGUCCCAUUGGGCAUAAGUGGUGGUCCAGACCUGGAGGGGUGCGUAGUGUUGGACGACUUGAUGGACGUGCAGAAGAGGAUCAGUGAGUCGACUAAUAUUGAUCUCUUGCAGAGGAUUGUCGACACCAUCGAAGAGUCGGGUCUUUUCUGUUUGACUGAAACCACAUUUGAUUUCGAUUUAAUGAAAUUAGACGACAAGACGAUUAGGAAAUUGAAAUCAUUUUUGAUUUGAAAGAUGAUUGCAAAGUGAACUUCUGGUAUGCAUUCGCUUUCAUAUGCAAUAUAUGUGUGAUAUAUAGGCCGAGAGUGAGUGGACAUGAAAAUAAGGUACAAAUGAAAGAUUGAAAGUUAAUAUCACGUCACUUCCAAACGAGAUAAGUUUGCACUCAAUUGAGACAAACAUAUCGAUUGUAUGUUUUGUAAUUGAAUUAUUUAAAAUUCCAUUCAAUUUACGGUCAAAUUCUUAGUGAAUUUAGUUAAUUAUAGCAUCAUUUUAAUAGUUAAAUUUAGAG